AUGGGCUGGGUGCACCAUGCCACGCCUGAAGUGGAGGCCGUGUCGGAAUGGCGCCUCAUUCUCGGCGUGUGUUUGAGUUUGACGCUGCUGAUGGUGAUUACGGUCUGUUUGCGCUUGGCGAUUCGCUUUCAAGCCCGUCGCUUGGAAGCGUCCGACUAUGUGAUGCUGGUGACGAUGGUGUUCAGCAUCAUUUACAGCUCCCUCUGUAUCGCGCAAACCAGAUACGGUCUUGGGCUGCCCUUGAAGCUCCGCCCAGUGCCGGACCUACCUAAUUACACCAAGCUCAACUAUGUCGGUCGCCCGUUUUACCAGGUCGGAAUCGCCGGGUUCAAAGGCUCCUUGUGCCUCAAUUACCUGCGAUUGAUCUCGGGCACAUCCAAGAAUUACUACCGCAUCCUCAUCUGGGUGGUGAUUGUCAUCAGCACGCUGGGCCACUUGGCCGGAGCCUUAGUUCUCAUCUUCGACUGCCAUCCGGUUCAGCGCGCCUGGAAUAUCACCAUUCCUGGGUCGUGUCUCCCGGCCGGACCGACCUUUUACGGGCUGGCCAUCUUCAGCAUUAUCUGUGAUAUCGUGAUCAUCUGCCUGCCUAUCCCGUUGUUGCUGCAACUGAACAUCAAACCCGCCCAAAAAGCGGGGGUGGUCUGUUUGUUUCUGCUGGGCUUGUUCACCACCAUCUGCUCGAUCCUGCGCCUGACGCAGAUCCAUCGCGUGGCCUAUGGAGAUGGGAAUUCUUCGAUGCUGGUGUUAUGGGGCACCAUCGAAUUUAAUGUCGGGAACAUUGUGACCUGCGUGCCCUUCUUGGCUCCUCUGCUCAAAGGCGCCGUGCGUGACUUCCGAUCGUAUAGUGGGCGGAAAGGAGGCUACGAUGGCCGCACGUAUGCGCUGCAGUCCUGGUCGCGGGAUCCUCGUUCGCAGCUCAAAUCCACCACGUCGGCGGCGCCGCAACCCAGACGGACGCCCAGUGAAGAGCUUAUCCUCGACAGUGGGGACUCGGGAGAGGGGGGCAUUCAUAUGACGGUUGAACUGCGGGUUUCGACGGAGAAACGACCGACCGAGGGCGACGCGUGA